CACAUGAGCUGUGUGCGUCUCACUGUACACAGACAAGAUGGCAGCUUCGUUGGAAGAUGAAUUUGAAGAUGCGCCCGAUGUGGAGCCGUUAGAACCAACUCUGAAGAAUAUCAUCGAGCAGAAAUCACUCAAGUGGAUAUUUGUUGGGGGAAAGGGCGGCGUUGGUAAAACGACAUGUAGCUGUAGUUUGGCUGUCCAACUGGCUGCAGUCAGGGAGAGCGUUCUCAUCAUUUCCACGGAUCCUGCCCAUAACAUCUCUGACGCCUUUGACCAGAAGUUUUCAAAGGUGCCAACCAAGGUCAUGGGCUAUGACAACCUAUUUGCAAUGGAGAUCGACCCGAGCCUGGGAGUGGCAGAGCUUCCUGACGAGUUCUUUGAAGAAGACAAUAUGCUCAGUAUGGGCAAGAAGAUGAUGCAGGAAGCCAUGAGUGCCUUCCCCGGCAUCGACGAAGCCAUGAGCUACGCAGAGGUUAUGAGGUUAGUUAAAGGAAUGAACUUCUCCGUCGUGGUCUUUGACACUGCCCCCACUGGCCACACACUGAGGUUGCUAAACUUCCCCACCAUUGUGGAGCGUGGGCUGGGCCGCCUCAUGCAGAUCAAGAACCAGAUCAGCCCGUUCAUCUCCCAGAUGUGUAACAUGCUCGGUCUGGGUGACAUGAACGCAGACCAGCUUGCAUCUAAACUUGAAGAGACCCUGCCGGUCAUUCGCUCAGUCAGCGAGCAGUUCAAAGACCCUGAACAGACCACCUUCAUCUGCGUUUGUAUUGCCGAGUUCCUCUCUCUGUACGAGACGGAGCGGCUGAUCCAGGAACUGGCCAAGUGUCGCAUCGACACACACAACAUCAUCGUUAACCAGCUCGUUUUCCCUGAUUCAGAGAGGCCGUGCAAAAUGUGCGAAGCCCGCCAUAAAAUUCAGUCCAAGUAUUUAGAUCAGAUGGAGGACCUGUAUGAAGAUUUCCACAUAGUCAAGUUGCCGCUGUUGCCCCAUGAAGUUCGAGGCGCCGACAAGGUCAACACGUUCUCUCAGCAACUCCUGGAACCCUACAAACCCCCCAAUAAGUGAUCUCCUUCUCUACUGGACUGCCCUUCUGCCCUCCCAACAGACCAGUCUGUGUGUGUACCCCUCCCUCCCUCCCUCUCUCUCUCCCCACCCAGACCAGCCUCAAACCCCACUGUAACAGCCUAAAGAUGAUCCACUCAGACCUCAUUCAGACCUGGUAUUAACAUCUGUCCUGAGUGAACAGGUCUGAACACACUCAAUGCUUCCUGAAUGCGUCUUUAGAUCUGAUGAUUUAAAAAAAAACACAUUCAGGGGACACAUGUGGCCCCCACUGCAGUUUCACAGUGAACUGAAAGUUGUUGGGGUUUUUUUUUUUUUAACACUCCUCAGGGCCCAUGUGUUGAUUUAUUUGUCGCCACCACACAACAUCAACGCUGAUCAACACAUGAUUUCUGUUUAAAAUCUGUUUAAAAAUGUUGCAGCAGCGCAAGCGGAGCUUUGAUUCCCUCUGCUCGUUCCAUCUCGUCCACCUUCCACUCACGCCGACACACAGACUUGUUAAAAACACGAUUAUUGUUCAUCACAUCUGUGCGUAUAUACAAGUGGUCUCAGGAGCCGCAUUCAGGACGCCGUUUAAUGCCAGGUGUGAACAGUAGAGCUGCGCGAUGUGGUCCAAAUAACAUGAUAUAGCAAAUUUGUGAUUGUGACAUGAUCUUAAAUGUGAUUUUUUUCCCCCCCCUAAAAACAACAAAUAUUUGACAUGUUUUGGAGAUUGUCAAAAAAAAAAAAAACGUAUCUUCUCAUCUGAAAAGCAUGAUUUGUGUCGUGUUUCCAUUAGGGUACGGUACAGUUUGGUUCAGUUUGGUACAGUUUGGUACAGUUUGGUACAGUUUGGUACAGUUUGGAAUGGUAAAGCCCCCGGGGUGAGGUACUGUGCUGAAUGACGGUCUACCUCCACCCUGACCGUAACAUACCAUUUUACUCUAGAAACCUUAAGAGAAGGGUGCCACAAAAAUGGCAAAAAUGGUCCUAUUAUUCCUAAUGGAAAUGCAAAAAAAUACCUACAGUACUGACCAGUUCCACGCGGUGGAAUCGCGGCUUUCAUCAGACAUUUUUAUCUUCAUCAGAUAAGUCUUAUUUGGAUAUUGCCAUUUCGAUUAUUUCACAAAUAAUUAUGCAGCCCUAGUGAACAGUCAUAGGCACUGUACUAUGACUGUUUGCUGUCUGCUUGUGAUCAAAUGGCUGAGAGCGGAUGUUGAUACCAGAGUCUGAACGUGGCCUCCGUCGUCAGCCCGUCAUCCAAAGCAGAGCUCUUCUACGGCAGGACAUGAAGGAGCGCUGAUGAAUUCAUGAACGUUGUUAAGAGUUAUAACCGGUCGGGUUUGUGCCGUCUUACUCUCACUUCACCACCCUUUUUGUCAUUAUAUUUUCUGUGUGGCAUGUGAACUAUUCCUACUUGAAGCAUUUAACAUUUUCCUAACAAAAAAAAAGCAAACAAACAAAACCUGGCACAGUGUCCAGCCUCAGUUGUGUUUCCAGUGACUGUGUGUGUGUGUGUUCUAUCCCCCCCCCCUUAUUUCAGGUGGUUGAUGUUUAUUCCGUGUGGUUCGGUGGCAGAGUGUGUGUGUGUGUGUGUGCGCGCGCUUUCACACGUCAGGACCCUCCAUCCACAUAAGCCACUCAACGUAAUAAAGAUAAGAUAAAAGCAUAAUGUGGACUUUAAGUUAGUUUUUGUUCCAGACCGAGACCACCCUUCUUACUGCAAUAAAGAAACACAACCUGAAGCGUCUGAAGUGCUUCUUUUACCACAUUUCUCCACGUGAUUAUCGUGUAAAUGUAAAUGCAGUCAUUUGAUUCAAGUCAAUCUGGGAGCUUUUGAUCAUCUACGAUGUCUUAAUGAAUUUAAUCUGCUGCUGUGGUUGCUUCAUGUUUUUUUUAACGGCAAAAAUAUGUUAGAAGUGAAAAUAGUUUAUUAUUAUUAUUAUUAUUACAGCAGAAAUCCACACACCAGUGUCUGUCAAUCAUUUUGUCUCCUCCCCGUUUUUAGUCCACAUGGGAUAUUGAGAGACAUUAGUAGCCUUAUUUAGUGCAUUGUUAAUUUGAACAAAGAAAAAUAUUGAAUGUUGCUUGAUUAACGACGUUGAGGCUGUGAGUGGUGAGCAAAGAGUCUUCGCUCACCUGAUGCUUGUUUCCCUCCCGACAGAAAGCUAAAGAGAGACAAACAAACACGUGCCCCGAGCAAACGCUUCUCUUCUCCCCUCAGUUACUGAAUGCUUUUGAGUCGACAAAGAAGCUGUUUUCUAUCAAUUAUUGUGCAAGUGUUGAUUAAAACGAACUUGCGUCA